CCUAUCGCAAUACGCGUCCCUCCAAUCCAACAAGGACUGGCCCCGACGCCUGCUCUCGGGGGAGCCGCGAACAAUCUGAAUGUCUGUUAUGCAUGCCAUCAGCCAGGGCGUCUAGCCCGUGACUGUCCCCACCGACCCCCGCAACAACGGGUCGGGGUCGCACCAAUGGCAGCGGCCCCCAUCGCUAAUGGACCAGGGAGGGUAGGUGCCCUCAUGGAGGAAAUGGAAGGGGUGGGAAGCGCACUAGCAACCACGGAAGAGGCUGCUGAGCUCAUUCCGUUAGAUCAAUAUGUGUCGCUUGGUUAUCCGAGGCUUGGAAUGAUAGGAACAAUCCGACCAGCCCCGGAACAGAAGGAGGUGGCGGAGUGGCGACCUUCUCCCGGAGAAAUGGAGUCGGAAGGAUCCACCUUCGUCACUGGAGAAAUUGAUGUACUGAACAUCGUCCGAGCUCUAGACCAUCGGAUUCCACUCUCGAUCGGCCAUUUGCUCUCAAUCUUGGAACAAGCUAAUGAGCGGAUGUUGCAACACUGCAAGGCGAAUGGCGAAUCGGAAACGAUUUGCCUUGGCUCGAACACCGAACGUAAAGACCAAAAGCCCCUCGCCGGAAGAAAAUACGGAGGGCUCGUCGGAUCCGAUACGGUGGAGACGUUGGCGAGAGCAUUUCGUAGAGCUAUCGGUGUGUCUGGUCGGGGUAAGAGUCACGUGGACGCGACAGGCGAUCACCGUAAGUGGGCCGAGUACCUCGAGCUGCUGAUCAUCCAAGCGUGGCGAACGGAAGUGGAAGGCGAUCUGCUCGGAUUCCUCUUCGGAUCGGUGCGGCCUGAUCACCGCCAACCGAUCGCGCACGAGUUAACGAUCCCCCUCGCACAACUGGCAGACAAUCUCCCUCUUGAGAUCGUUUCGCAAAGCGACGACAGCCCGGUCCCGCACGUUCUCACGCGGACCUUGGCGCCGUAUCCUCAGUGGUCGGCGUGCUUGGAGGAACCUGGAAGCAGCCGUAACCCGCCGUCACAACGCGGUUACCUGGACCCACACGAGAUAAUCGACUUCACCUUCUUCCAAGAUCGGACAGCCUCCGAGAAUGAAGACGUAGAAAUUGAAGCGGAAGAAGAGAGCCCAGAAGAGGAAGAAGUCGAAGAAGAGGCCGACGAGGAAGAAACUCCCGAAGAAGGGAGUUACAGUGAGCACAACGAGGGUGAGCAGAGUGAAGAAGAGGAGGAGGAAGAGCCGGGCGAUGAAGAAGAAGAGGAAGACCAAGAGGAGCUGGAAGAAUCAGAGUGCGAAGGAUUUGAGGAAGAACUGCGUGACGAGGCUCGAGCGCAGGCUCAGGCGUAGAAGAGGGAAGAGAUCGUGGCCGGAAAAAGACAGUUGGAAUUCGCCAUCGCAGCCGGUCAACC